ACGCUGGACGCUGUCACAGCGCAGUUCCAUAAUAAAAUAGUAAAAUAAUCCAACCCCUUGUGGCGCGACCUUCAUCAACGGACAAUUGUUCACUUGACGGUGUCGACGUCGCGGCUCAAGUGCUUUCUCUCCUGGCUUCUCUCCCUCUCUCUCCCUCUCUCAUCCUUCUUCCCUCCUCGAUCCCUGGUCGACUCCCUCGGAACAACGUCAGCUCUGUCCCGUCUCCCUCCAUCUGUCCUCUUCUUCGAGUGCUACGAUAAUUCGCUUCCUGUUCGUCUCUCCUGAGUUUGUAUUCCCGCGCGGCCAUCAAUUGAUUUCAUUGAUUCAUUUUCUCUCUGUCAACAUUCUCUACGCUGCGUCCUGUCUGCUGUCGUCCUUCACUUCAAUUAAACCCCUCCAUCUACUGGCGGGAGCUCCUUCAAACCACUUUAUGCUAAUCAUCUUCUCUUUCCGCAGAAACCAUGAAGGGUAUGCAUGCUAUGCUCUACUUCCCUUAUCACGUCCCCGCAAUCUAACGUCGUACAGCUCUUAUCCUUGUCGGAGGAUUUGGUACCCGUCUGCGGCCAUUGACGCUGACUCUCCCUAAACCUCUUGUCGAAUUUGGAAACCGGCCCAUGAUCCUACAUCAGGUGGAGAGCUUGGCUGCUGCGGGUGUUACGGACAUCGUGUUGGCCGUCAACUAUCGUCCAGAUGUUAUGGUCUCCGCCCUUAAGAAGUACGAAGAACAAUACAACGUCAGGAUCGAGUUUUCCGUCGAGUCCGAACCCCUCGGGACAGCUGGCCCCUUGAAACUAGCAGAGAAGAUCCUGGGCAAAGACGACUCUCCAUUCUUCGUGCUCAACUCGGAUAUCAUCUGCGACUAUCCAUUCAAGGAACUCGCGGAAUUCCACAAGGCACACGGCGACGAGGGUACCAUUGUCGUCACAAAGGUAGACGAACCGUCCAAGUACGGCGUCGUCGUGCACAAGCCGAACCACCCGUCGCGCAUCGACCGCUUCGUGGAAAAACCCGUCGAGUUCGUCGGCAACCGCAUUAACGCCGGCAUCUACAUCCUGAACCCGAGUGUCCUGAACCGCAUCGAAUUGCGACCGACCUCCAUUGAACAAGAGACUUUCCCCUCCAUCUGCAAGGAUGGCCAACUUCACUCCUUCGACCUGGAAGGCUUCUGGAUGGACGUCGGCCAACCCAAGGACUUCCUCACGGGAACCUGCCUCUACCUCACGUCUCUCGCGAAACGGAACUCCAAGCUGCUGGCCCCCAACUCUGAACCCUACGUGUACGGCGGAAAUGUCAUGGUAGAUCCCUCCGCCAAGAUCGGGAAGCACUGUCGUAUUGGGCCGAACGUCGUUAUCGGCCCCAAUGUUGUUAUCGGUGAUGGCGUCCGUCUCCAACGCUGCGUCCUUUUGGAGAAUAGCAAGGUUAAGGACCACGCAUGGGUCAAGUCGACUAUCGUCGGUUGGAAUAGCUCCGUCGGCAGAUGGGCUCGACUUGAAAAUGUCACUGUCCUGGGCGACGAUGUCACAAUUGCCGAUGAAGUCUACGUGAAUGGUGGCUCCGUUCUACCUCAUAAGAGCAUCAAGCAAAAUGUUGAUGUACCGGCGAUUAUUAUGUAAUUCUGUUUCUUGUUAAUUUUUUUCUUUUUCUUCUUCUUUUUGUCGCCUCUUUUUUCCUCUACUUUUAAUGUCGACAUGUCUUUGAGUACUGGGUUUAUACCUCUUUUUUUCUCUCUUCCCCCUUCAAAGCUGCUAGAUGCAUAAAAUCGGAGUCCAUGUUGUGUAUGAUCUUUUUCCCUUGAUGCCUUUCAAGUUGAGCUGAGUUGGUUCAAUUGGUUCCAAGUUCCAACACAAACCCAUUAGAAAAAGAAAAAAAAAAAAGCUUUACCAGCUCUAAUAAUAAUCUUAGUUUGGCCAUAUUUUCUGGGAGAAGGCAGGGCUAUGUGAAAGAGAGAGAAAUGAAUGAAGAAAUAAAUAGAAAAUCAAUCAAAUGAACCGAAUUGAUCG